UUCGUGCACUUAGGAGGAUUUUCAUUUUUUUGCCUCCUCUGUCUUCGGAGAUGGUGGCACCAGGGCGUCGGAGUCAUUUUGUCACUUUAUAACGCUGACAGAGAGUCCGUAUCCAUCUGAUCCAUCAUGACAGAUAUUUUUUUUCAUGAUGCAGCAUUUGCCGAGGGAGAGAGCCUGAUACUCAGACGAGCACAGCAUAAAUAUAAACCAAGAUCCAGGACUCAAGUUUCAUACACAAUUAGAGAUUGUACGAUUGUCAUUAAAAACCACGGCAUGGAAAUAAAAGAGUCCACGUCAUACUGGGAUGACGUAGGGUACACGCUGACGUCAUGCGAAGCUGCAUGUCAAUCAGACUCUUCUUGCUUUGGUUACUCCUUUGAUUCGGAUAGCGGGAAAUGCGCCAAGUCAAAGGAAACGGGGACGAAGAAUGCCAACAGCUGUCCAACAUGCUCUUUCCAUAGCAAACGAUGCGGAUUAGAUUGCUCAGUAACAUACACUAGUUAUGGUAAUGAUAAAGCAUCUGAAAAUCCAUACUCAACAUCAACCAAGAGUUAUCCAGAGUGUGAGACAAGCUGCUCGUCUGAUCAAAAUUGCACUGGUUUUGGAUACGAUUCAUCAACCAAUCAAUGUACAUUGACCGAAAUCAACCUCGUAGAAGUGGCAGAAUAUACUUGUACAACCUGUACGUUUUCGUUAAAGGUAUGUAAUGGAAGCAUUGGUGGUGUAACGGCGACACAAAAUGUCAUCACAGAACUAACCACGUUAACCAAUGUGGUUACUACAGUGAAUGAAAUCAGCACAACACCUGACGUCACCCCUGAUGUCAUCCAGACAACUGAAAGAACUACAGCUUCAAAAACAGAGACUGAAACGUCACCAUCAAUUUUAACUUCAAUGGAAGACACAACAGCUAAUGAUCAAAUAACAACACUUACCUCGGCCGAAUCAACGAAAACAACAACAGCAUUUACAUCGCCCGAAUCAACGACAACAACAACAGCAUUUACAUCGUCCGAAUCAACAACAACGACAGCAUUUACAUCGCCUGAAUCAACGACAACAACAGCAUUUACAUCGCCCGAAUCAAUAACAACAACAACGACACCAUUUACAUCACCCGAACCAAGGACAAUAAAGACAACAUUUACCUCGCCCGAAUCAACGAUAACAACGAUAAUUCCACGACCGUUUCCAACUAUGAACCAAGAUACCACUUCAGAAAUCAUCACAACAACGUUAGAAACCGACUCCGUUGAAACAACCACAAACCUUGACAAAACCUCCUCUAUGUCUAUAUAUUUUACAGAGAAUAACGAUGUAAAUGGAUCAUCAAAUCUAUGUGUCUGUCACUGUGUUUAUGAUAAUAUGACAUCGCUAAAAAUGAGAAUAGAAGAACGCAAAAACACCUUAAAAAUGAGUAAAGAUGACUUGUCUUCUUUCCACAGACGUCUGAAUUGCGCCUACGAUCCUCGGAAUUCCUCUAAGGUUGUUGGGGGAGUAGGAAUCCUUGUAUUGACUUUAAUAUUGUCACUGAUUAUUAUUCCGGAUAUUCUUACAACUGCCAGCAGACUUACAAGAAAAAGAAAACUUAAAAAACCUAAUGAAAUUGAUACAUGUAUGUAGCAUUUAAUAAGAGCAUUAUAGUGAGAGGAAAUUAUUGAAACAAGACAGAGUUCAGCACUAAAUAUCAUUGUGAAUCAAGUAGUGUGUUUUUUUUUUAAAAAUUAUUUGAGAUCGGGUUCAGAAUCCAUCAAUUUCCUGUAGUUAUCAACUGUACGAGUUGGUGAGUCUAUUGUAAUGUACUAUUUGAAUGGUUUUCUUUUGUUUAGUAGAAUAAAAUUUACAAUUAUUGGUAUCUGUUUCGAAAUUG